AUGACAAUAAUUACAUAUCUCGUAUAUUUUGAAUGUGAAAAUGAAGUCACUGCUAUUGAAUCCUUAUGUCAACGUCUCCAACGACGUUAUGCUUGUUGUCCAGCAUUCUUCAUGGGUUCUCUUCAAAAUGCAUGUGAAGAAGCUUUCAGCUCGACAGUAAUUAAAGAACGUCGUCCAGUACUUGUCUAUAUACACAAUGAUGAGAAUAUGUUCAAUAACAUAUUUUGUUGUAGCAUAUUCUGUUCGUCAACUAUUAUCGAUUAUCUACUUGAAAAUUAUAUUGUAUGGCCAUGUGAUGUAACUUUUGAAUGCAAUAGAAAUAGAUUGAGAAGUGUUUGGGAAGAAAUGUUCUCGACUCAAGUGCACGAUAAUUUUAACGAAGAACAAUGUCCAAUGCUUAUUGGUAUCAUGCGACUUUUUGAAGAGAAAAAGAAUGAUUCGGUAAAAGUCGAAUAUCAAGUCAAAUCAUUGCUCGUCGGUGAUACUUUGACGCGAACUCAAGUGAAAUCUAAUCGAGAAACUGUACUUAAUGAAUUGGCUAUUUUCAAAGAAGAAUGUGAUGAAAAUGAACAAGCUUUAGUGAGUAUUUGUUGUAGAUAUUUUAUGCCUUAUUAA